AUGGAUAAAAAGUCAUUUGACAUAGUUCUAGAUGAGAUCAAAAAGUGUGUCUUGACAGACCAACGCAUCAAGGCAAUAGAGCAGGUGCAUGGCUACUUUUCCAGUGAGCAGGUGAUGGAAAUAUUGAAAUAUUUUUCAUGGGCAGAACCUCAAAUCAAAGCUGUGAAAGCACUGCAACAUAAAAUGGUGGCAGUCCCUACAACCAAAGUAGCAAAUAUAAUCAGUUGUUUUACUUUCACUAAAGAUAGACUGGUUGUUUUGGAGCUUCUAGCCUUAAACAUUUCAGAUGCUCAGAAUUACAGGCCAGUGGACGAUCUAUUUCGAACGCAUCUAUCUGAAAAGAAGAGAGCCCGCCGAAUUCUAGAGCAGGUGUGUAAGGUCGGUUGUAAGGCCCCUGUAGCUAUGAUUUCUUCAUGUGGCAUUAUCCCUGGAAAUCCUUACCCUAAAGGCAGACCCAGUCUUGUCUCUGGUACAUUUCCGGGUCUACCUCCAUUAAAAAAAGAGGGUGAAAAGAAGGAUGACCAUUCUAACAAUACUGAUGGGAAAGGAAUUGCUUCGCAAAUUCUCGGACCAUUUAAACCGUUUCCCUCUACUUAUAACCCUCAUCGACCUGUGCCUUAUCCAAUACCACCAUGCCGACCUCAUGCUACCAUCGCACCAAGUGCGUACAACAACGCAGGCCUUGUUUCUAGGGGAGGGGUAAUAACAGCCAACGUUCCCCCUCCCCCUUACAACAGCUCCCAUAAAAUGGCAGGUUACACUAAACCGGGAAAUCCGCAAAAUGCAACACCAGGAGUGAAAAGUGGUCCCCUUCUUAUUCCCCACGGUUCUACACCAUCUACCCCUGCCCCUCCGCAGGCCUCUCCAGCUCAACAGGGUCCUACUACCCCCAUAACCCCUAUGUUUCCUGGCAUGGUACCCUCAAACAACCCCAACGCCCCCUCUCCUGCACCUGCUCCCUCUCCUUCAGUCAUCAAAAGUGGACGUCAGACACCUAGUGGCCACACUACUCCUGGCCUCUCAUCUGUCAUCAAAAACCACACUCCAUCAAACACACCUUGUGGAACCCCAGUGCACUUCCCCAAUGUCUCCAGACCAGGUACUCCGGCCAACUCCCGCUCCGACCAUUCCCAGAACAACUCUGCUCACCAGAAGGCCUUGUCACAGUCCAUGGAACAGCACUUCCACAACGCCCAUCCACAAGGUAACCAUCCAGGGUCAGUGAUUCGUAGCUACACGCCCUCUGGACCUGGAUCUUCCACUCCUCUAAACCUGAACUGUUCCACUCCCGGCACAAGUCACAUACCUUCCCAAGCACAUCUGCUCCAGAGUGCUGCUGGAGCGCUGCAGGCAGAGCAGCAGCGUGCGGCUUUGAGUAGACAUAUGGGGGGUGGCAGUGGUAGUAACAGCCCUGUGCCCUCGGCAUUCAAAGGGGCACCUCGUUCAGGUACACCCUCUGUCAGCUCACUAGUGGUGGGCUCUGCUCAGGCUGCUCUGGCUCGUUCCCUCGGUCUACCUCAGUCUGCUGGUUCACCUCAAGUCUCACUUCCAAAUCCUGUUGCCCUCUCCGGACUCCAAGGCCUGCCAUCCAGCCCUGUGCCCUCUCAUUACCCUGGCUUGCAAUCUUUUCGAUCCCUCACUUCUUCUAUUCCUUCAUCUGAUCCAUCAUCCUUAUCAGCUAUGUCCUCGAACAUUUCUACUCAUCCACCAACAUCCAUGUACACCGGCCUUGGUCCGGGCGCUGCCUCCUCUGCUGGCUCGCCUUUCGGUCUGGGCCUCACCUCCGCACCCUCUAUAUUCCCAGGCCUUCCUCCAGGUGCUAGUCAUGCUGGGUUCCCAGGGCUGGGUGUCUCUGGGGGUCCUGGAGGCAGCCCCGUGUUGUCCUCCUUCAUGGGACUGGCUCCAACAGCGGCCACUUCAGUGGCUUCAGUGGCUCCUCUGCAGGCAGCUGUUGCAGCUGGAGUUCCCUCUUCUUCCCCAGUAUUACCAGGCUUUGCAUCUGCAUUCAGCUCCAACUUUCAACCAGGGUUGAACACUGGACUCCAGCCUCCAGGGGGCGGUGGGUUUCCUGGGCUGCUGUCUUUCCCUGGGGUAACUGGAUUCUCUCCCUCCCCCUCACCAGUGGCCCUUGGCGGUCUCCACAAUCCCAGCAUGCAGUCUGCUCUCCUACAGGCUCAUUCCACACCUUCCUUGGACAACUUUCCUCCUCAACCCAACAGUUUUGCCAACUACGGCCCAGGUCCAGGGGCCCCCUUCUCCCUACAGCCAGUCCAGAACCAGCACAUGGAGAUGGAGGAUCAAAUGGAAAGUCAGAAGAACAGAGGAGUGAGCAAAGAGAACCUCAUAUCCGAACGCACAGGAUCUUUGGGAUGCUGUGGCUGGGUCAUCGUCGUCCUGUCGGCCCUUUUUGCCCUUAUACUCUUCCCGUUCACCAUGUGGUUCUCUGUAAAGAUUGUUCAAGAGUAUGAGCGUGCAGUGAUUUUCAGGUUGGGCCGUAUCACCGAUAGAAAAGCAAAAGGACCAGGUAUGUUUGCCAUCAUUCCAUUCACUGAUCGCUUGGUGAGAGUGGACUUGAGAACGGUUUCAUUUGACAUCCCACCACAGGAGAUUUUGACAAAGGACUCUGUGACCGUCAGCGUGGAUGGGGUGGUGUACUUCAGAGUCAAUGACCCUAUCGCGACUGUGGUGAAUGUGUCUAACGCAGACUUUGCCACGCGCCUUCUGGCUCAGACCACCCUCAGGAACGUUCUGGGGACAAAGAACCUGUCCGAGCUGCUGUCCGACAGAGAGGGCAUCGCACAAAGCAUGCAGACCAAUCUGGAUGAAGCCACAGACGAGUGGGGCAUCAAAGUGGAGCGUGUGGAGAUAAAGGAUGUGAAACUGCCCCUUCAGCUGCAGAGGGCCAUGGCUGCAGAGGCCGAGGCCGCCAGAGAGGCCCGCGCUAAGGUGAUAGCAGCAGAGGGGGAGAUGAACGCGUCACGAGCUCUCAAAGAAGCGUCUUUAGUCAUCGCAGAGUCUCCGUCCGGUCUGCAGCUGAGGUAUCUCCAGACCCUCAACACCAUCGCUGCUGAGAAGAACUCCACCAUCAUCUUCCCGCUGCCCAUAGACGUCAUGGCUCACUUUAUGAAGAAGUGA